AUGCGCGGCCCUAACCUCGAUCGAAUGCAAUGCCACCAGCCCAGCUACCUCGCUCUAAAAAGGUCCGCUGAAGCCGGCUGCCGGCUCUGUAGUUUCUUCUGGGCGGCUCUUGAACGAGGGGUGGGGAAGGGACCACAUCAUAACCGUAUCGCCCUCUCCCAUGUUUCAGAGCGCUACCCUGGCCGGCAGAUCUCGCUCGUGGCCUGGGGCGGAGCUGACCGCAGUCUUGACCGAAUACAUGUUAUUACCACAGGCGAGAUACCCUCGCUGUCGAGUUCAUUCGAAGCUGGAGACGAAGACGAAAAUACCACCGUGGAUCCGACCAUGCAUCCCGAUCAUCAGCUUGCACUGGAUGGAGUGGUUGAUUUGUACGCUUAUCCAGACGAUCCCGCCGCGUGGCUGGGUGGAAUAACUGGUAGGCAGCUACCCAGAACUGCUGGCAACUCUGAGGACGAUUUCCAAUUAGCGUGGAAAUGGCUGAAAGAUUGUCUAACCAACCACACCAUCUGCCCCAAUGGCAUCACGAAACCAUCACUUCCCACCCGAAUCAUUGACGUUGGACCUUCAGAUGGGUCAAUUGACCCAUAUCUACUUGAGUCCGAUGAAAGAAAAGGCUUAUAUAUUACAUUGAGCCACUGCUGGGGUGGUAUGGUACCUCUCACCACCACCACCCUUACGCUCGAGGAAAGAAAACGAUCGAUUCCCCUUGCAUCAUUACCAAGAACUUUUCGAGAAGCAGUAAUUAUCACGCGGAGGUUUGGUAUCCGGUACAUAUGGAUAGAUUCUCUUUGCAUUCUGCAGGACUCGCAGACGGAUUGGGAGAAAGAAUCGGCAGUUAUGGGAGACACCUAUACUUUCGGCUUUAUCAACAUCGCUGCAAGAGGCGCCUUAAAUGCUGAGGGUGGCUGCUUCAUUCCAAGGGAAGCGGAGCCACCGCCCUGCCUCGUGAAAUAUUUUUCUUCCGACUGUUCUAUCACAGGCUCCAUGUAUAUCCGGUCCCCAUCCUUUCAAGCUGAGCGACUCCAGGAUGCACCUUUAGACAGGCGCGGCUGGGUCCUCCAAGAGCGACUUCUCUCACCACGUAUUCUUUAUUUUGGACGUCAACAACUGUACUGGGAAUGCGCUGAGACCACCUUCCGCCAGGACGGCAAGCACUGUGAUGUUGCGACCGAUGGUUUACGCCUACAUUUGGAUUUUAAAGCGUCCGUGGUUUUUGAUGCCGCUUAUCCAUUUUCUUCCGGGAGAACACAUGCACAAUAUGACCAACAGUCCGGGCAAGUUGGAGUAACCGCAAGAAGCUUCAUACAGUGGUAUAAGGUGGUCAGGCAGUAUACCCGUCGGGACCUAACCUUUCAUACCGACAAAUUGCCCGCAAUAUCCGGCAUUGCGAAGGCAUUUCAGGCCAAAACGGGGUGUACCUAUAUUGCAGGAAUAUGGAAGGAAGACCUCAUUGCGGGCAUAGCAUGGUAUUUGACGCAACCAAGCCAUGACGUCAUAUGUAUGUCACUGCCAUCCUGGUCGUGGGCGCGCAUAAAGGGCGAAGUAUUCUUUCGAAGUCUUAGUAUUGCGGAAGUGAAAAUGCGUGACAGCUCCUGUCAACUGGUUGACGUGGCUCACAGGCUUGCAAGCGGGCUUAAUCCAUACGGCGAUAUUUUAGAUGCGAGAUUGAAAAUCCUGGGUCGACUCAUCCAAGUUCAUUAUGAAGCACUGGAACUAUCAGACGACAUGUUUAGUUUUGGACCAUCCAUAUUCGCGCUGGAUGGAAGACCAAUCGGUCGAGUUUCAUUUGAUACGUUGGCUUCCUACCCCGAUAAUGUGGCAGUGUUCUUUUGUCUCCUGUUAUAUAGCGACGACCAUAGGGCAGCGGCUUUGGCCCUAGAGCUGGAGAAAGAUCAUUGUGAAGCACUUUACAGACGAAUCGGAUACGUCAGCGUUGACUCAUCACCAAGUGGGCAGCCCGAUGGCAGAAUGCCGUUCUGGCAGUCGGAACCCCAAAUCAUCACAAUCUUAUGA